AGAGAGAAACAUCUCCCAUCUGUGUGUUUAUUCUCUUUACAGUGUAAGAAAGGCAGGCAACAGAGAAACAGACCUGUAUGAUGAGCUCAAGAGGGAUUUUUACAGAUGGGAUGUGGUCCCUGCAGGAGAUGCCAACCCUGUGACUUCCUUUCUAAUGAUCCUCUCUGAUCUUUGACGUCCCUGCUCAGAGCACGCUUUCCCACCUGAGGAGUCUGUUUCCAGAGUUUCUCUCCCCUCGCAGACGGACGGAGUCAACUGGAGAAGAUGUCAGAGCUAAGCUCCAAAAAACAAGGAUUUAAAAAAUGCCGGAGUGCCACUUUCAGCAUUGAUGGCUUCAGCUUCACUAUUGUGGCGAAUGAAACUGGAGAAAGCAGCUCGAGACCUCUGGCACGCUUCGCACGUUCCAAGUCACAGAAUGCUUUGUGGAACGCCAUCACAGCAGGCAUCGGGAUCAAGGACAAGGACAAGCGGGGUAUCCUGAUUGACCCUCGGAGUCCGGAGGAGAUUCUAGCUGAUGACCUCCCCUCUGUCGACAGUCCUGAUGCCAUGGAGAAGACCGCCAUCAGGCUGAGAUGUUUGGUGAAACAGUUGGAGAGAGGUGAGGCUUCUGUUGUGGACCUGAAGAAAAACCUAGAAUAUGCUGCAUCCGUUUUGGAGUCUGUCUAUAUUGAAGAGACGAGGCGGUUGGUGGAUACAGAAGAUGAGCUCAGUGACAUCCAGUCCGACUCGGUUCCCUCAGAAGUGCGUGAUUGGUUGGCAUCAACUUUCACACGUCAGAUGGGGCUGAUGUUAAGACGGUCGGAGGAGAAGCCGCGAUUUCGCAGCAUUGUGCACGCGGUGCAAGCUGGGAUAUUUGUAGAAAGGAUGUACCGACGGACCUCCAACAUGGUGGGGCUGAGCUAUCCGCCCAGCGUGAUCACGGCCUUGAAGCAUGUGGACACAUGGUCGUUUGACGUCUUCACACUGAAUGAUGCCAGUGGAGAUCAUGCACUGAAAUUUAUUUUUUAUGAACUUCUGACCAGAUAUGACUUAAUCAAUCGCUUUAAGAUCCCUGUUUCUGCUCUGGUGUCUUUUGUGGAGGCCUUGGAGGUGGGCUACAGCAAACACAGAAACCCAUACCAUAACCUAAUCCACGCCGCCGACGUCACCCAGACAGUGCAUUACCUUCUGCUCAAGACCGGCAUGGUUAAUUGGUUAACUGAGUUAGAGAUCUUCGCUAUGCUGUUUGCCGCGGCUGUGCACGAUUACGAACACACUGGCACUACCAACAACUUCCACAUACAGACCAGAUCCGACGCAGCCAUUCUAUACAACGACCGUGCUGUGCAGGAAAACCACCACGUGAGCGCUGCAUAUCGCCUCCUGCAGGAAGACGAUGAAAUGAACAUCCUCUACAAUUUGUCAAAAGAUGACUGGAGAGAAUUGCGGGCCCUGGUGGUCGAGAUGGUCCUGGCCACCGACAUGUCCUGUCACUUCCAGCAGAUUAAAGCCAUGAAGAACUUCCUCCAGCAGCCAGAAGCGAUUGAUAAACCCAAGGCCUUAUCCCUGUUACUGCACACCGCUGACAUCAGCCACCCUGCCAAAAACUGGAACAUGCACCACCGCUGGACCACCUCACUGCUGGAGGAGUUCUUCAGACAGGGUGAUAAGGAGGCAGAGCUUGGACUUUCUUUCUCUCCUUUAUGUGACCGCAAGUCUACCAUGGUUGCCCAGUCUCAGAUUGGUUUCAUUGAUUUCAUUGUGGAGCCAACCUUCACUGUACUGACAGACAUGAUUGAGAAAAUCGUGACUCCGCUGAUCGAAGAGGCCUCACCUGCUGGCCUGGCUGGAUUCAGGCGUUCCAGUCUGAAUAACAUCCCGUCGGAUGGUAAACGGUCUAGUGUGAGAAGCACUGGUUCGGAGGGCGGCACUUCCUAUAACUGCUCCAUAAACGCCGUUGAUUUUAAGACCUUCAAAGUCACUUGGAACGAGGAAGUGCAUAAAAACCGAGAAAAAUGGAAAGCACAAGCUGCCAAAGAUCUAGAAGAGAAGGCCAAACAGGAAGAGAUCGAGGAGAAAGAGAAGAAAACGGACACAGACACACACAGCAGUGACAGCAAAGAUGAUCAUACUAAAACAGAAGACAAAAUCAACACGGACUCAAGUGUGAAAUCUCAAGACAAACUGAAGGAGGACACAAGAAAAGAGAAAGAAGCAAAGACAGAACGAGAAGACUCGAGUAAAGCUACAGUUGAUAACAAGGAGCCCAGAGAGGAAGAGGGCAAUAAAGACCCAGGGGGGGUAAAUGGGGCUCAAACACCAGCGUCUGAUGCCAAAGAGCCCGAGACCAGCAGCGACACGGACAACAGUCUGCGAGCACACAACGGGAACGAGGAACUGAACUCACCUGACAGUGACGACAGUGAAAGCAAGAGAUCGGACGACUCAGAAGACGAGCACAGUAACUGUGGGAUCUCCCCUUCUUCACUGGCAGACAUUGCAGCCGCUGCAUCUGUACCUGAUGCAAACUAGCAGCUCCAUGUCCUUUCUGCAGGACUCCAAAUCCUGUACUAUGCUGUCACCUGGUGGUUCUUUUUUAUUAUUCAUCUUCUUUUUUUUUGGGAUGUUUUCUUUCUUGAAAUCACAUCUUUCUGUCUCUGAUGGACAAUCUUCGUAUUUUUUUCAUACUCUUUUUAAUUCACAUCUGACUUUAAGGAUGUAUGCCAAGUUGUGGUUCAGAGAUGCACAAAACCAUCAGAGAACUGAGACUUUGGCGCAAUGCAUAGUGUGCGGUGGCUUUUAGAAACUCUAAAUGAAGAUGAAAUAUGUCCCAUGUCAUGGCUGUGGAAACCAUCCCAGCUGAUGUUCUUCCCCCGGGGACGGCACAACAUCUGCCGACCGCUCAAGCGCCAAACCUGUACAGACAGUGAACGGAGAACUUCAAAGAACUUCAGUCCCUCAGAGCACUCAUGCCACCAGAUCACCUUCAACGAGCCGUCGCUUCAAAGAAUGUCUGCAGAACUGCUGUUCAUUUACCUCUUAUUUUUAUCAUUGUUUGUGUAAGUUGUAGAUUUGAUGUUGCUGUCGUCCUGUUUUAAUGUUAAUAUUGUACAGUUUCCAUCAUGUGUGUCCUCUGUACAUUCAGGAGCUUCUUGUGAUUGAGGGUUAGAUCGUUAGUUUAACGGCCCAAAAUACUUAGACAAUAUCCUUUGCCAAUGUCACUUUGAUCGUAAAAGAUUUUUCAAAUCAUUGUGACUAAUUAUCCACACAAAAUAGUAAUCAGUUCUGUCACAAUAUGGCUUAAUUUUGUAUUCAAAUGAUGUUUUAGUAUGUGAUUUGCACAACAUACAUCUAUAUCAACUGGAUAUUGCAAAAUUACAUAGAAAAAUAAAAGCAUAUACAUAUACAGUUGGGUAAAAAAAAAAAAAAAUGUUUUUUUUUUUUUUUUUUCUGAGACCACAUUGAAAAUCUGGGAUUUUUUUUGCAAAUGAGAAGAACAUUUAAAGGGAUAGUUCACCUAAAAAUGAAAAUUAUCCCAUGAUUUACUCACCCUCAAGCCAUCCUAGGUGUAUAUGACUUUCUUCUUUCAGACGAACACAAUCAGAGAUAUAUUUAAAAAUAAAUAAAUAUAAUCCACACAGCUCCAGGGGGUUAAUAAAGGCCUUCUGAAGCGAAACGAUGGGUUUUUGUAAGAAAAAUAUACAUAUUUAAAACUUUUUAAAGUAAAAUAGCUAGCUUCCGCCCGACAACCGUAUGCAUACUGCGCAAGUCGACUUGCGCCAAAUGAGUAAAAAAGGCUUACUCUUUGUUUCAGAAGGCCUUAAUUAACUCCCUGAAGCUGUAUGGAUUAUAUUUAUGAUGGAUGGAUGCAUUUUUUUGGGGGCUUCAAAACAUGCCCCCCGUUCACUACCAUUAUAAAGCUUGGAAGAGCCAGGAUAUUUUUUAAAUAUAUCUGCAAUUGUGUUCGUCUGAAAGAAGAUAGUCAUAUACACCUAGGAUGGCUUAAGGGUGAGUAAAUCAUGGGAUAAUUUUAAUUUUUUAGGUGAACUAUCCCUUUAAGGAUUUAGAAAUACAAAUGUUAUGUAAAAUGAGGAAGAAAUAUUUAAUUAGUAAUUAUUCAUGUACACUUUUUUUUUUUUUUUACUUUUCACUCAAAUUGUUAAUAUUUACAUUAUAAUUUUUUAAAUAUUUCAACUUUUUUUUGCAUUAAAUUGAACAAAUUUAGUCUCAGACUUUUGAACCCCACUGUAUGCAUUAAAAUGGCUGCCAUUUUAAAUACAUUAAACUGAUUUUCUUUUAUUAUGAGCCAAAUCUGUUAGGCCAAUUUUUCUCUCCAACCUCUCCAACCAUCGUCAGCUCUUCGAGACCUUAAAAAUGUAGUAAAUGUAAUUAUUUUGACAUUAGGUUGUAUUUUGAAUUUUCUUCUAUUUUUGUAUUUGAUGUAUAUAAAAGAUUAUAUUAUUUAUGAAGUGUUUAUAGGUAAAUUUGGUAUGAACAAUGAACAAUAUACAUUAAUUGUUGAAGGUGUACUAUUCAUGCUUACUCAAAUCUCUGAGAGAAUUGACAGAGACAAAAUCUUAUUUUUGUUUUUCAAUCUGGUAAAUGAAGAAAUAGAAUAAAGCAUGGGCAUCUUGAUGUGUUAGAUGCUGCAUGCUGAUAUUAGUCUUUAGUUCACUGUCCUAGCGAGGUAUUUAUGUCUCUGUCUGUGCCGUUUCUUUUCAGAGUGUGUUCACACACAGUGUAAUGCACCGGUUCAUGUGAAUCUUUCUGUAUAUUAGUUUCAUACAUAAAUGGUAAAAUGUAGAAAACAACAAAAAAAGAAAAACUUUAAAAAAAAACUAAAAAAAAACAUAAAGGCCUCCUAAUAUAGGCUGUCAUAAAUAGGCAGCGAAAUGCUGUGUAAAUGUCUCUGUUGCCUCAACCAAAGAUGAUUAUAAUGUCUAUACGUCAUUUAACUGGAGGUCAUUGCAAGCCAUCAUUCAUGCAUACUUAUAUGGUUAGAAAGAAAGAUACAAAAAGAAAGAAGCGUUGUUGCCUUAAAUCUGUUAUUCCUGAUCAUUGUGUCAUUCGUGUUCAUCUUCCUGUCCUUAGUUCUCAGUCAUGACACACAUCUUGAGCUUUCUUUUUUCUGUGCUUGUGUCAACGUUUUCUUCAGAUCUGAAAGACAUCUCGAAGAGAUCUCAUUUAUUUUACUGGAAAAGCUCAAGUUCAGUCAGAUGUGAAUGUCUGUGUGUCGCUCUUCUCAGCUGUGCUGCUGAACUUUGCAAAGCUCAUUUAGAUUGGUUGAUGCUGUGCCAUUAUAAAAUAUCAUUUUUUUUUUUAGCUAGUUUUUAUUUUUUGUUUAAUGCCCCUCCUCUCCUGUUAAAUUUCCACACACUCCUAAAAAUAAAAGUUUUUUAUUGUCAUUGAUUGUUCAGUGAAGAACCUUUAACAUCUUCAUAGUGGGAAAAGGUUCUUUAGAAUUAUAAAAUGCUCUUCACACUAAGAAUAAAAUGAUUGGUUACAUGAUUUCAAUAGUCCACUUUAGACAUUCUACUAACUAUAAGUAACUUUGCAACUACAUGUUAACUAACUCUUAUUAGAAUAUUAGUAGACUGUUAGGUUAGGGUUCGGGUUAGUAGAAUAAGGUGACAUACUUGCAAAGUUAAUUAUAGUCAGUAAAAUGUCUGUAGGGGAGCAUAAAAUGGAGCAUCAAAAUGUGUCAAAGUGUUCGCAGAUAUUAAGCAGACAGUCUACUAAUACUCUAAUGACUGCUAGUUGACAUUUAGUUGCAAAGUUAUUCAUUGUUAGUAGAAUGUCUAAAGUGGACCAACAAAAUAAAGUGUUACCAAAUGGAUCUUAUAAGAACUGAAGGUUAUUUGGGGAACUAAAAAUGGUAAACCCCUCUUUUGAAAUGGAUUAUGAUAGUUAUACAUAAUAGUUCUCUUUGAUUAUAACUGUUUUUAGAACUUUCUUGCCUCUCAAAUCUUGAAAUAUCAGCAAAGUCCUUUUUAACCUCAUGCUUAGGCUCAGAAUGUGAGAUUAUUUAAGUGAAAUGCUGUACAUUUAUAGAAUAUUGAAGUUGAUGAGUAAAUAUGGCACAGUAAGAUUUUGCCUUAAUGAGUGUUUACUUCUGCUUUGUAGUAACUGUCAUGUGUUCACCUCAUUUGAGUACAUAUGUGUUUGUCAGGAAACCUGUUUAUGUCAAAACUAAGCUAUUUUUUAUGUAUUUUUUUGGUUUGAAAUCCUCAUGUACAGUGUACCUUCUCUGUCACAGAACAUAUUUUCUUCAUUAAAAAAAAGAAUAUUCUGAUCAGCAGUACAUAAAUCAUGUGGUGCUGUGCAGCCAUCUGUUGGCCAUCUAGUGUACUGCAUCAAACACAUACUCUUGGACAUUUUUAUAUCCAAACAAAUUGUUUCAUUUACCUUUUUAUUACUUCACAGAGAUUAAUUUGUCAUGAUAUUGUUUUAAACUUAAUUUUAUUGUUUGUAUGUUUGUUUUUUCUACAUUAAUGUCUGUUGAUGCAUUCAUUACUUUUUAUUUUAAAAAGAAAAAUAUCAAAUCAUAAGGCAGGUGUGGUCAUGUGAUCAUGCUUGUUUCGAUGCUCCUUAAUUGCACUUUUGUGACAAUAAAUCUUUACUCAAAGGGCUCA